AUGACCGCUUCAUCUCUAAUUAAGGAAGCAUGCCCUGUUGAGAAAGGGAAUACUGUCCUGGUACAUGCUGCUGCUGGUGGAUUGGGGAUCACAUUAUGCCAACUUCUAAAAGUGAGUGAUAACGACGACGUGGCUUGGGUUUUUGAGGGUGCCGCUUGGGGUUGGUUGGGCGAAAUGGGGCUCAAUGGAAAGAGAAUAGAAGCCAAACUGUCAAUUGAACCUCGAGACCUCAAAAAUGAGAGGACAUGA